CGUUUUCACAAGAAACAAUAUGUUGUUUGGUGCCUGUCGACCUCGCCUUUCGUGGCAGACGCGUGUGUUGCUCAAUAACGCGAUUCCUAGUGUCAGCAGUAAAAAGGUUGCUCCAGGAUCCGAUAACAGCCUAAUAGGCAAGCUCAAGACUGAGUCAAAGAAAAUUUUGAAAAUUCAACUUUUUUUAAUUCCUGUGUGCGCAUUGGUAAUGAUUUUCAUGUUUCCAACGCCUUCCCCAGAGGAGGAACAGCGGAUGUGGUUAGAGUACGAGAAAAACGCAGGCUGGAAAACCUAA